GCACCACUUCGCUAAAAAAAUCACUCAUCUAAAAUUGAUUCUCCAAGCGAUUUAUCAUCGGUAUCACAGAAAAUGCAAGCAACGAGUAUUGUUUACAUUGAACGAACGGGGUCGAGUUUGUUGCACGAUGUAAAAAUAAACGCCGCCACGGCGGUGCAGGAAUCGAAAAUAAACGGUAGAUAGAGGGGAAGGACAGGGAAAAGGAGAAGGAGAAGCCGAGGGAGGUGGGUAGCCAACGUGUAUAGAGAACGCUGGACGUUGAAUCAAACGCAGGAGACCACGUGCCGUCGCGAUAAAAGUGCGUACGAUCGUACUCGUUCACAAACAAUCGAGACGAGCAACGGUGCAUACGGCUCCUCCGACGCGGCUUUUCCCUCUCGAUCUUCCGAACCGGUUCGAGUCAGUGUGGCCAGCGAGUUCGCUUCAGCGCCAUGUCUUUCAACGAGCUGCGCUUAGGCUUCAAGGGACUAAUGCAAGGCGAGGGUGCCCUGAAGAACACGGUGCUGACCGCACUGGCAGAAACGAUCGGGACGUCGAUGUUGGUGUUCGUGGGAUGCAUGGGAUGUAUCGGCAGUCUUGGUGUGGUACCUUCCCAUCUACAGAUCGCCCUGACCUUCGGUUUGGCCGUGAUGCUCGUUAUUCAGUCUAUUGGGCACAUCAGUCAUGCCCAUAUUAAUCCGGCGAUCACAGUGGGCGCAAUGGUCCUAGGGAAGAAGACGAUUCCUCAAGGUAUUGUGUAUAUCCUGUCCCAGCUGAUUGGCAGUGUGAUGGGCUUUGGGAUGCUGAAGGUGGUGACACCAGCGGAGCGUUUAACCGCCAGCACUGUGGAGGACGCACAUUUGUUCUGCGUGACGGAUUUGCACUCGGACCUCACAGCAAUCCAGGGCUUGUUGCUCGAAGGAAUAUCCACAGGGAUUCUGAUGUUAGUCGCGUGUGCCGUGUGGGACAUCAGGAAUCAGCAGAACACCGAUUCGGUGCCGCUCAGAUUCGGCAUGACGGUGACCGUGUUGGCCAUCGCGUUCGGUCCCUACACGGGCUGCAGUAUGAACCCUGCCAGGUCGUUGGCUCCCGCUCUGUGGAACAACCAAUGGUCUCACCAUUGGAUCUACUGGUUCGGGCCGAUCGGUGGAUCCCUGUUGUCCUCUUUCAUGUACAAGACCAUCUUCGGGUGCAAAGAGGAGGUUGAGGAGGAUACCGUGCCGGAAGCCGUAGCGCUGAACAGCGUCGAAAUUCAAAAGGCUGAGCCCUGAUCCGAGUAGGAGAUGGACAGAUCGAGGGUUGUUUAUCGAAAACGUUCGAGUUACGGAUCGAUCGAUGUUUCAGCGAGACACCACGAGAGUCUAAACAUCGCGCUUGAACCGGACAAAGCUGAAGAACGCGAUACACGAUCAUCAGGGCACUGGUCAUGGUGUAUCGCGAUCAAACCAUAGAUAUCCUCGAACGACCCGCGAAAUUGCAAGACUGUAUUAUGUAGGAAAUUCCUUACGUUAUCCGUUGCUGUCUGUACACAGUCGUCUCUCAACUGAAUACUCGAUUCGUAGAUCUGUGCAAAGGGUGUGACCCAGGAUUAAUUAUCGUUUGCAACGCGUUUCAUCGCUUCGUCGAAUUUCGACGUACAGUGGUUGUGAAUUUAACGCCUUGAUGGCCGCCAUUAAGACUCUGAUGCGAUUUUGUACCCUCUAUCAAUUAGGAAUGCGCAAGGCCCCUUAAGCCUAAGGAGGUACAGUAGGCUCUCGAUAUACUGCCGUGGUAUGAGUGAUGAUAGGUGGCCAUACAACGCAGGAGAUUAUCAUUCCAUUCUUGUUGAAUCGUUCGUGCUUCAGCUUCAGCUUCCCUGUAGUUCAUCCUCGGUACACUUCGGCUUCUGUCGGCCGUUUGGCCACACCCUCUCGAGUCUCCUUCCCCUGCUACAUUUUCACUUGAUCAAUAUAAAUCAUCUAUAUACGAUUCUUUUAAUAAAAAUAUUUUUACAUUAUAAAAAGUGCGAAAGGGUCAUAUAGAAUUUGUGGCCGUCAAGGUGUUACCAAAACGCGCUUUUCGUUGAAUAUUGCUCAAAUACUCCAGCGCCAUUAAGCAUACGUGUAAUCGUUGUAACUAGAGAAUUAAACAGUGUUGUAAAUAGUUGAUGCUUUCUAUACCGUGUUAUUUAGCAGAAUGUCGAGUACACGUAGCACCAUUUGCUCAUCAAAAUUGUAACGAAAUUAUGCGAGAAUAGCUUAACUUAUAAAUGCCAUUUGUAACAUAGCUGUAAGUUAAGUGUACAUACAAGAGGAUAAUUAAAAGACAUUGAAUAAUUAAAAAUGAA